UUGAUGCGAUUGCCAUCUUGUUACUUUUUUUCAUCUUUGGUUUUGUUUACCAGGCAGCUGUUUGACUGAGGGACAAAUCAAGAUUUAAGAAAAUAGUCUGGAGAGUAAAUGUUCAAUAUCAUCGAGUUUAUAUAAGAGUGAGAAUAGACACACGAGCUUAAACGUCGACGCUUUGACGAAAGUAAUGAAAAGAAUUUGAAGCUAAACGCGAAGCUAAAGGCUCGGCUCAACAGAACAAAGUUCAGGGACGAGCACAGGGACGAUGGCGAACCCUCUGAGAGCUGAAGUGGUUCGACUGUAUAAAAACCUCCUGUAUCUCGGCCGUGAGUAUCCCAAAGGAGGCGACUACUUCCGGGAUCGACUGCGAGCAGCGUUUAACAAAAACAAGGAGGUUCAGGAUCCAGAGAAGAUCAAGGAGAUGAUCACUCGAGGAGAGUAUGUGGCCCGAGAGCUGGAGGCGCUAUACUACCUGAGAAAAUACAGAGCCAUGAAGAAACGCUACUACGAGGAGUGACAGUAUCACAGUAGACCCAGACUAAUCUUAAUCUAAUCCCAUCUGACAAUGUACAAAUUAAUCUGUGAUUACCUGGUGAUAGUUUUGCUGCUGAGACUUUCUGGUGCUCACCAGUGUUUCCCGACAUCAGCUCAUAUUUUACAGAAAAACCCUUAGGCGUACCACUGAAGAAAAGUGUCAGAAAAUGGUCUGUAGUGAAAUAUAACAAUCUCUUAGUUUUAAUUCACUCACAUUUUCCACUGUGGGCAGAAAUUGAAGAAAGAGACAAAGAUCUUCAAGCACUGUUUUUUUUUUUUUAAAGCCAUAUGCUGCCACCUAUUGGAAUAGUAUUUGACUGAGUUAAAAUGAAAUGUUGAAGUCCUCCUCUGCUUCUCAACUUCAACGUUUUCAUGUAGACCCAGGGAUUUCUGUUUUAACAUGUGGUAACUCCAGGAUCCACAUGGGGCACUGGUGAGCCUCAGUUUCAUGGAACAUGUUUAGGUUCUGAUGACUGAAGAUCUCAGCAGUAGUUGUUCAGCCCUCUCCCACCAACUUCGUUUCUGUCUGGUUGGCUGUCCUCACUGCACAGCGGUUUCUGAAACUGUGGUCAUGGCAACAAUGGUGACAUCAUCCCAGACGCCUGAGGACUCAGAGGUGGAACCUGAACCAGUCCAGGACCCUAACAUCAUAUUUCAAUAACACCUCAGUCUCUGACUGAGGAAAAAUGAAACAGAAAUGAAACCACUUCAAACUUCAAAUGGUCUUGGUUGUAAACCAGAGGAAAACAACAAUGAAGUCAAAAUGUUUUAAUACUUCUUAUAAUAAAAGAUUAAAAAC